AUGAUUAUGCACCUAAGCCCCGUCAGCUCCUUCAAGGUGCUUCGAGAUCGCAGGCAGGGAGCAUUUGAGGAACCGCAGAAAAUUGACGUUACCGACAGUGUGGACAAUGAGGCGGCUGGAGAAUUCAAAUUGCUGAUGCCGAAUCUUCUCGACUUACUUUGUCUGACAAGAAACAGUCUUGCAACGGAUGCGAGAGACAAGAUCUACGGUCUUUUAGCACUCACUGACGACCCUGUCGCUCAGUCCAUCGUUCCUGACUACUCCCUUGAUAAUACGCCAUCGAAGGUCUUCACCGAGGUUGCGACAGACAUGGUUGAGGCUGGAUACGCUGUUGACUUGCUGCACCAUGCCGGUAUCGAUCAAAGCAUCCCAAACCUUCCUUCCUGGGUGCCCGACUGGACGAUGCAGUCGCGUUCGACUCUAUCGGCCCAGCUAUACAACUGCAUGCCGGAUACAGCUCCUACUGUAUCAAUCUUGGCCUCAGAAGGAGCCCCGAAAUUAAGUAUCCGAGGAGCGAUCCUGGCCCGGGUCAAUUUCGUGGGUCCUUCGUGGAGAUACUACACCCAUGAUCAAUCCGCUCCCCCGUUCAACAGUUUUGAGAAUGCACCAGACAUCGAGAUUCCACCAUUCAAUGACGAAAAUUCUAGAAACUUCAUCCUCAGUUUCGCUAGCCAAGCAAUUCAGGACGACCUUCAAGAUCGAUACACCGACGAGGGCCUUGAAGACGCACUCGUGAGGACCCUGGCGAUGGACCGAUCUUGGCAGGGCGAAAGAAUCGGGAAGAGGGAGAGACCAGAAGAGAAAGGAAGCGAACUCUCUCCUUUCGCUCCUGCUAUGGGGCAUGGCGAUGAAUCUUCAACCUCAACGUCGAAAGAGUUCUUCGCGGGGGUGGACGCAUUCCAGCGCUUCUAUGCCCGAGGGCCGGACUCGGAGGAGGAUGAGCGCGCACCGGGUAUACGCGUGCAUCAGACGGCCAUAUUCAAAUGGCUUCUCGAUUUUGAUGCCGAAGUCGAGGCAGACCUCCAGAAACGCAUGGUACCCUUCGCGGUUCCCUUUCAAGAGGCUCAAUGUGGUCGACGAUUUGCCAAAAUCGGUACAAGAGGGCCUAAAAGUGCAGAGGACAUUGAGCAAGAUGCCGUGAAGAUGAGAGAGAACCCAGCAAGGAAGUCUUACGAAACAAAGCCUCUGGAGUAUCAUAGUAUAGGCACGAUUCCGUGGAAUGCCCAGGUUGAGGAUUAUGUGGUCCUGCUCGAGGGAUUCAGGACACCCUUCAUCUUGAGAAAAGGGCUAGAUCAUGCUGAGGCGGGCGAGAGAGAGAUAUUCCACAUCAUUGGCGAUUGCUAUGUUCAUGGCGUCAUGGAUGGCGAGCUCUUGAGGCCGAUCGGCAGAGUCGAGGAAAGGCUGAAGGCUGACCAAGUCGGAGUCAACGACCAGGGAGGAGAGUAUGCUGUAAGAGGCCCUGAAGGCUACCUGUCCUUCCAAGAUUUUGUCAUUGCAUAG